ACGCGACCGGGACGCCAGCGCGAGCGAUCCAGGACUCUGGUCCGUAUCUCUCUUAUCUCCUUCUCUGGCCUUCAGUUCCUCCCCCGCCUUCUCCUCCUUUUUCGCUCCUUUCUCAACUCCGCUUACAGUGGUUGUCUAUAAGGGAGGUAGACUCUAUACGAAUCGCGACACGCUCUACGUGUUUUUCUCCGCCGACCUUUACACGACUCAUUCCCCCUCUCCACCAACCCCAGACUCCGAGCGAUCCUACCGAGGUCUGUCUCUUGCGCCAUGGCCAUUCAUCCGACUUUGCGCCCUCAAUCGAAUACCCAGGGACCUUUGUCCCCGCAGCAAGCCCGGGCAAUAUCGGCUUGGUCAGAACAGGCGGCUGCGCAUCUGGAGAAUUUGACCAUCUCGGAUACCGUUCUUACGGCCGACCAGCGUUGUGCUGGUCCGGAGUCACCUUCCACACGCGGCGCCUUGCGAGGGACCACGGUCACACUGUCAAUCCCACUGGAUGACUCGGUCCCCAACACGGGGAAUACAUCUGCUCCGAAGGUCAAACUCCUGGGUCAGACCUCCACCCAGACACAGCAAGUCCCUUCGGUCAGUUUCCGGCGUCGAGAACCUCUCCGUCGUGAUAGUUUGAAGAGACGCGAGGCGUUGCUGAAGGGCAAGGAUGGAAGUCGUCGCAGGCAACGCUGGGAGAAUGAUCGCCUCCUGAACAAUCCUUGGGCCGAACCACCAUCUUCCAGGGACUGGGCUGUGGAGCCUACGUACACUCGACAUGACCCGAUGCCUUACUACCUCGCUCCUCUCUGGGACGUCCAUUACAAGCACAUAGAUCACACUUCAUCGAAGCAGACCGCGAAGGGCACAAAGGGGGAGAAGCAUCGUAUUCCGAAGGAUCUCCGCCUCAAGCUGAAGCAUGCGCGUGCUGCACGGGGUAUGCUUCAGGAUAUCGAAGAGGACAUCCGACAGUUCAUCCAGAGAUGGAGCGAAAAACAACUCUUGCUCGAGAAGGAUGGCCUGGCAGACGCCCCAGCAUCGUCAGACGAGGACUCCGAGGACGAAGUUGUAUUCGUGGGAAGAAAUGGACAAAUGCACGACUCCCCCGAACGCAAGAAAAAACUGCAGCAAAUGCGGGAGGCAAUGCAUGCCAACAGAGAACGGGAUGGGGAGAAGUUAGUCUUUGAGAGCCUAGUAGAUGACCGGGCCUCUGGGUUUGGUCGCUGGCUCGUUCAUUCCAUUGCCUCAUACUAUGGCUUGCAUACUUGGUCCGUCACUGUGGGGGAACCCGCCCGCCGCGAGGCAUACGUUGGAUUCCAUCCACCGGCUCCGGGGAGUCGCGCUGGGCUUGUAACCCAGCCUGCCUGCCGUCAGGAGGCGAUGAUCCAACCGGGCGACGCUCUUCCGCAGCCUCUGUGGGCGCAGGUAUGAGCUUGUAGGGCCAAAGGCCCUCAUCUCGUUGUAGCGUUUUAGAUCCUUCUUAUUGGUAAAUAAUCCGCGUUGCCUUGAAUAUCCCAGGCUUAGGGAUUGGAGUUCGGAUUUAGCGGGUUGUACCUAAAUGCGGUUUGGGUGUAAGAUAAACAAAUCGACGUCGAUCUGUGAUUUAGGGAUCGGUACAUGCCCUGGGAGUACAUGCCUAUCCCACAUCACCUAGUAACAUCAACCAACACUCUCUCCAUCCCAUAUGGCUAGGUGCACGACGUAUCCUUUAUGCCUGGCCUAGGCUACUAUUUAGGAUGUCCUCAUAUUUAGAGCUCGUGUCAAAGGUGCCAGGAUAGUCCUUUGAGGCGUCACCGAUAUGCUACAGGACAUAUAGUGGCCCAUCCCACUUCACUGUGUGCUCUGCAUUCGCAUCAUGUUUGGCUGUGGGUUAUGUGCGCAUCUCGAUGUGUCUAUGGUUUAAUCCAAGUCAGGGUGUUAUUGUCAUGGGCACGAGUUGUGGUCACACAGUCUAUUCUGGAUACAGACACUAUGCCCUAGGACUUCACUGGACUUCAUGUGUAAUUCUCAAUAGACGGUAGGCGUAGGUUCAGCUUGGAUAUAUCUCUAAGUUGGUAUAACAUCUUUUAGGGUAUUUCAAUUGAACCCUGUGU